AUGAGCACGGUCCCGUUCACCAAGGCGGCCGGCGUCGGCGCCGACGCGCACGCGCACGACCACGGCGGCCACAGCCAUAGCCACGCAGCGAACGAGCACGGCCACACGCACGAGAUUAUGGAGCACCCCGGCAAGUUUGGCGAGCGCGACCUGCCGAACUAUGCGCACCGCAACUGGAACGAGCGUGCGUUCACCGUCGGCAUCGGCGGCCCGGUCGGCUCGGGCAAGACGGCGCUGCUCCUCGCGCUGUGUCGCACGCUGCGCGACAAGUACAACCUCGGCGUGGUGACGAACGACAUCUUUACGCGCGAGGACCAAGAGUUCCUCGUGCGCAACGCCGCGCUCCAGGACGCGAACCGCAUCCGCGCCGUCGAGACCGGUGGAUGCCCCCACGCGGCGAUCCGCGAGGAUAUCUCGGCGAACAUGGAGGUGCUCGAGCAGCUCCAGGCUGAGUACGACACGCAGCUCCUCUUUGUCGAGAGCGGCGGCGACAACCUGGCGGCCGCGUUCAGCGUCGAGCUCGCCGACUUUCACGUAUACGUCAUCGACGUGUCGGGCGGCGACAAGGUGCCCCGCAAGGGCGGCCCCGGCAUCUCGCAGAGCGACCUGCUCGUCGUGAACAAGAUCGACCUCGCGGAGCACGUCGGCGCGUCCCUCGAGGUGAUGCGUCGUGAUGCGGACAAGAUGCGUGACAAUGGUCCUACGGUCUUUGCAAGCGUCAAGCAGGGCACGGGCGUGGAAGAAAUCGCGGACCUCAUUCUCGCGGCGCGGCGCGCAGCCGGCGCGGAUGCGGCCGGCCGUCCGCUUGCUGCUGGUGUAUAG